CACUUCCGCGAUCUGCGUGACAGCAGCAGCAGCAGCGGGGAGAGAAGCAGCAGAGAGAGAAGCAGCAGAGAGAAGCAGCAGAGAGAGAGAAGCAGGGAGAGAGAGAAGCAGGGAGAAGCAGCAGAGAGAGAAGCAGGGAGAAGCAGCAGAGAGAGAAGCAGGUAGAGAGAAGCAGGGGGAGAAGCAGAGAGAGAGCGGCAGGGAGUCGCAGACAGAGCAGCAGAGAGGGAGACAUCUGAAGCAGCAGCAGCAGAAUCGGCAUCAGCAAGAGGAUAACCAGCAUCUGAAGCUAUAGAAGACUCAACAUCAUCAACAGCAGCGGCAGCAGCAGCAGCAGGAACAGCUGAACAAGGCGAGCAGCAGGAAGAGCACCCCGAGAGACGAGAAGGAAACAAGAAGCAGCAGCCCAAGCCAAGGACGCCGGCAAGAGGAGGAGGCAGCUGCAGCAGCAGCAGCAGCAGAAGCAGCAGCCCAAGCCACAGGCAGUAGCAGCAGGUCACGCGAGGAGCAUGGAGAGCCGCUUCACGAAGGGCAAGUCGAGUCUGCUGGAGCGGAGUCUGGGUCGCGGUCGCUCCGAGGUGGCCCUCAGCGCCUUCGCUCUGCUCUUCUCCGAGAUGGUGCAGUACAGCCAGGCACGGGUCUACUCCGUCAGUGAACUGCAGGCGAGGCUGAGUGAGCUGGGCCGCCACGUGGGUGCGCGAUCGCUGGACACACUGGUGCUGAGGGAGCGGCCAGGACGCAGGGACACGAGGCUCCUGGGGGCCCUGCUCUUCAUUAAGGUGAACCUGUGGAAGGCUCUCUUCGGCAAGGAGGCAGACAAGCUGGAGCAGGCAAACGACGAUGUGAAGACGUACUACAUCAUCGAGCGCGAGCCGCUCAUCAACACCUUCAUCUCGGUGCCGCGUGACAACAGCUCGCUGAACUGCGCGUCGUUCACGGCGGGCGUGGUAGAGGCGGCGCUGGCUCACUGCUGGGUUCCCCGCGCGCGUCACCGCCCACUGGCACAAGGGCACGACCCUCAUGAUCCGAUUUGACGAUGCCGUGGUGGCGCGCGACAGGGCCCUUGAUACUCGCUGAUGCGCAGGCGGGGAGGAUUGGGGGAGGGGGUGUGGGUGGGGUUUCCCAAAGUUCAGUAGCUUUUAUCCAACCCCAGUCUGCGUUUCCACAUUUACCAAGCUUCUCCGUGAUGUAGAGAGCACUGAUUCAAAGUGCUCUCUGCGUCGUGUGGAACACACAAUAGGCCCCUCGAUGCUCAUUGACGCCCAUGAUAGCAGUGAGUGGAGAUGGGGCGGUGCCUCGACAGCAGUGGGGGGAGUACGGCGUUUUUCUUUUCCAAAGUUUAAUUUUUGCAACUGAACAACAGUCCGCCCUUCCACAUUUACCAAUCUGCUGCAAAAUUAUGUGGAGUGUUGAUUAAACGUAAGCACUCUUUACGACGUGUUGAGCUUAUUUUACCAAUCAUGAGGUGUGUGUGUCGUGUGUAUUGAUUUGCAUUUGAGCGGAAAAUAUUGAUAAACAUAUAGAGGGCCGAUCUCCCUUUCCACAUUUACCAAAAUUCUCCAUCUGGUAGAGUGCCGAUUGAAAUUAGGCACAGCAUCCAACGGCAUGUAAAGACUUGGUUUGUUGGAACAGACAACAUUGUACAAAGAUGGACUGGUUGGUUGUAAUGACUGAAGUUUGAAAUCCCUUAGGGUAGGGUGAUGAGUGAGCUCGGAUAAAAUGGAAAGCGGAUGAAUGGGAAAAGGAGGUGAAUAGGUAGGAGAGGGGAGGUGUGGGGAGAGGAGAGGGGUUGGCUGGAGAGAAAAUGUGGGAAGAGGGAGAUUGAUUGUUGCAGGAUACAUGGAGCUAAGCGGGGAUGAGUGGUGGUGACCGGUACCGAGUGGGAAUGAUUGGAUUGAGGUCAUGACCUCUUACCAUGACCAACUGUGACCUCACACAUGACCUGCCCCCCCUCCCUCCCGUCCAUGAUCUCUCACCCGAAUCCGCUGUGACCUCCGUCCUGAACCACCUCAACUGCUCGCCUGUAUCUGGUUGGGUUUAUUGGGGGUAUUAACCAGCGUCUCCUCUGUCUCCCGCUCACUCACCUCCUCAUGGCCUGCGAUUGUGUUCAUUAAAGAGGGAUGAUAACCGA